GAAGACAGAGAGGGGGAGAGAAAGACACCUGCAGAUCUACUUCACUACCUGUGAAGCGACUCCCUGCCACGUGCGCUUAAACUGCUGCGCUUAACCUGCUGCACGACCGCCCGACUCCGUUCUACACUUUUGAUAAUUAAAGUCCCCUGCCUCCGAAGUCCUGGAGGGUUAUCUUUAUCUUUGGGAGACUCAUCAAAAGAAUGGAUUUUACAGAAGCUUAUUCUGAUACGUGCUCCACUGUUGGACUUGCUGCCCGGGAAGGCAAUGUUAAAGUCUUAAGAAAAUUGCUCAAAAAGGGGCGUAGUAUCGAUGUUGCUGAUAAUAGGGGAUGGAUGCCAAUUCAUGAAGCAGCUUAUCACAACGCUGUUGAGUGUUUACGGAUGUUAAUUCGUGCAGAUUCUUCUGAAAACUACAUUAAGACAAAGACUUUUGAGGGCUUCUGUGCAUUACAUCUUGCUGCGAGUCAAGGCCAUUGGAAGAUUGUACAAAUUCUUUUAGAAGCUGGUGCAGAUCCCAACAUAACUACUUCAGAGGAAACCACACCACUGUUUUUAGCUGUUGAAAAUGGACAGAUAGAUGUGUUAAGGCUGUUGCUUCGACACGGAGCAAAUGUUAAUGGAUCCCAUUCUAUGUGCGGAUGGAAUUCCUUGCACCAAGCUACUUUUCAGGAAAAUGCUGAGAUCAUAAGAUUGCUUCUUAAAAAAGGAGCAAACAAGGAAUGCCAAGAUGACUUUGGAAUCACACCUUUAUUUGUGGCUGCCCAAUAUGGCAACCUAGAAAGCUUGAGAGUACUGAUUUCUUCCGGUGCAAAUGUCAAUUGUCAAGCCUUGGACAAAGCCACUCCCCUGUUCAUUGCUGCUCAGGAGGGCCACACGGCAUGUGUAGAGCUUUUGCUGUCCAACGGGGCAGAUCCUAAUCUUUAUUGUAGUGAGGACAACUGGCAAUUACCUAUUCAUGCUGCUGCACAAAUGGGCCACACUAAAAUCUUGGACUUGUUAUUACCACUUACCGACCAGGCCUGUGACACGGGAACAGACAAAGUGAGCCCUGUGUACUCAGCGGUUUUUGGAGGGCAGGAAGAUUGCCUGGAAAGGUUGCUUCAGUACGGCUACAACCCAGAUGCCCAGAUGUGUUUUGCCUUUGGAUUCAGUUCUCCUAUGUUUAUGGCUCUUCAAAAGGAGUGUGAAUUCUUUGGAAUUGUGAGUAUCCUUUUGAAAUAUGGUGCCCAAUUAAAUGAACUUCAUUUGGCAUACUGCCUAAAAUAUGAGAAGUUUUCAGCGUUUCGCUACUUUUUGAAGAAAGGCUGCCCACUGGCACCAUGGAACCAUAUAUCAGAAUUUAGAAAUCAUGCAAUUAAAGCACAGACAAAAUAUAAGGAAUGGUUACCAUCUCUCUUGCUUGUUGGAUUUGACCCGCUGAAUAUACUGUGCGGUUCUUGGAUAGACUCAGUCAGCGAUGAUGUCCUUAUCUUCACAUUGGAGUUUACUAAUUGGAGGAGACUGCCUCCAGCUGUUGAAAAGAUGCUCUCUGUUCGUGCCUCAAAGUCCUCUUCAGCUUUCCAGCAACAAAUUGCCUGUGUUCCAUCUCUGAGUCACCUCUGCCGGUUGGAAAUUCGCUCUGGUCUGAAAGCAGAACACCUAAGAUCUGACAGCUUUAUCUGUCAGUUGCCACUUCCCAAAAGCCUACAUAAUUAUUUGCUCUAUGCAGACGUCCUGAGGAUGAAUGAAGUUCCAGAACUGGCAGUUACUCAGGACGGAGAAAUCAGUGAAGCUACCUAACAUAGUUUGUGUUUUACACUGAAAACCACCAAAACAAAGAGCCAUAGAGUACAAAUCCUUCCUUCUCACAAAGAAUGACUUGUGUUUGUAUGCUUAGUUUUUUUUGUUUUUUUUUUCUAAUGUGGGGCAGCAGUUUACUACAGCUAUUUACAACUGGACAUUGUGGCAAAAAGUAUUCUAACUCUCACUGAUGUUGCUAGUUAACAGUUUCGUCACAAGUACAUUAUGUAGUAUUUAUUCAACAUUUUCUGCUUUAUUUUGUCAGUGAACUGUGAUGCAGCUUUUAGUGGUAAACAUGACAUAUUUUCACCUAAAAUUCUAUGUUUGCCUAAGACUAGAACAUAGAAUAGAAUACGUACAAUUUCGUUAUGAGACUAUACAACAGUGGGAUGACUAUUAUUUUAUUUGGAAUUAUUUAAACAUCUCUUAUGUUUGAAAAGAACACCUUUUCCUGUAUUGUAUUCUACUCUUAUCUCUUAAUUCAGUCACUUUUAUAAAGAAUGGAUGCUUAGUGACUUUUUCACAGGUAAACUCAGGAGAAAUUUUUUUUUUUUAAUGUGGAAAAUAGUUUUUUUUCCCCCCUCUAGUUACUUUGUACUGUCUUUGGCCAUAAAAAAAAAAAAAAGACUUUCUUUCUAAUCUGCAAAGGCAACAACAGUGCUAAAUUCAAGAAUAUAUGCUCAGUUGAAAAAUGAUUUAGAUCAGUAUUGAGAUAAAUGAGCAUUUUAUCACUUUCAGAAUACUGAUUACCAGACUGAGAGGCAUGGUUCUACAAAGAGACUCUCAAGCCUGAAGCUCCAAAGUCAUAGGUUCAAUCCCCACACCACCAAAAGCCAGGGCAGAGCAGUGUUUUGCUAAAAUAAACAAGCAAGAAAGCAAGCAAUCAAAAAAGCACUGUGUUCCUGAGUCAUUUAGUAUCAAAUAAAACUUUCAAGCUCCAGUCAGCCUCCAAAUUAGAGGGCAGCUCUGGUCAUAGUAAGUUCUAUUCAUUUUUUAUUACCCAGAUAGAUAAUCAAAAGAAUCCCUGGAAUUUAGAACUUAAAAUUCUAGGUUGAUAAGAUACUACUGUCUUACAUUUUAGGUUGUUUGAUCUAAAUCUAGAAUCAAAGUACUAAACAUAGGCUCAAGUUAACUAUAAAAGGCUUGGGGGAACAACCUGGGAGGAAGGUUCUGAAACAUUGCUUUCAAGCUAGACAACUAGAGAAGGAGCCCAAGAAGGGCUAAUGGAAUCCUGUGGCUUAAAAGAAGUGAGAGUGAGUCAGUAGGCCCCUCUUAGAUAGACCUUUGCUGUUUGAUAAAAGCUGUGGUAAAGGUAGACCAAAUGGUAGAGGCAUAGCCCAGAGGGAUGACUAAAUCAGCUCAAAUUAGAGCUAUAGUUGUUGCCUAAAAGUGUAGACAGAGUGAAUGUGGACAUACAAAUGGAAGAUUUCAUAUGAAGAGCCAGGUGGAAAUUCUGAUACUUAUAGAGAAAUUCUAAGAAUGUGGAUAAUAUGUAGCAUUUAUAAAAAAAUGUCCCAAUCAUUGCUUUUCUCAAUUCUAAAAUGGAUUCAUAAUAUAAUCAGCUCUGUUAUCAUUAUGGUCAAGUAUGUAUAGAAAGCUUAAAUUGAAGAUAAUUUUUUUUUUAUAUUUUUUGUUCAUGUUAAAAUACGUAAUAAAAUCUCUAUCCAGAGCUUACAACUGAACUCUGUCCUUAAAUCUAAAAUUCAGUAUUUCCAAGUCCUUGGGAUUUAAAACACAAAUGAUUUACUUAUUGUUUGUGUGGUGUCUUUCUUUCUCACUAUUUCAUAAUAAAAUGUGUUUUUAUAUGACUUGCAGCAAGGACUCCUUGAGAAAUCCGAUAAAGGUAAAUGUAUUAUACUUAGUGUGAACCUUUAUUCGCUGCCCUCCCUGCACAAUGGUACUUUAAUCCUCUGUUUCAGUCCUAUUUAGUAGCUUUCUAGUGGUGGUACAUUUUAUCAGAGGGGGACACAAAUCAAUUUUAAUAACACUUGGCAGGAGUUUGCCUGACCUUGAUUCCAUGUUGUCCUUUAAGUAUAAUAAUAUCCUACUGGUUGUCCUGUCAUAGGAUACAUUUCUGUUGUUAUUUAUUUGAUAUAAUAAUGAUAACCUGAACACUUUUAAGUUUCUCCUGCCUUUUUGAUAGAUAGCAGGUGGCUUGAUAUGCAGCUUUCUGGUGGUACUUUUAUGCCCCUCCUCUAUCCUAUGAUCUCUAUGAAUUGAAUAAAUAUAAGACAGGCUGG